AGAAAGAAAAAGGGGGGUCUUUCCUGUCUACCCAAAUCACUUUUCUCUUGUGCUUUGCAACCCCAACAACGACUUCGUUUGUUGUAAUUUUUCUUUAACCUUGCCAACUUCAGACCAAGUGAUUGACGUUUCGCUUGACAGAUUGUCAAAGCACGUGUCCCAAAAAGUGAGGUUAUAUUAUUGUGAACAACGUGAUAAAAUGGAAGAUGUAGAUGAAAACGAACCGAAACGCCUCUUGUGUCGUUUCAAAUCCGAAUCCGGAGAAGUCGCGGGUGACAUGAUGGACCUCCCGCUCGACUGCAACCUCCACCAACUCACGCUCAUCUGUAACGCUAUUCUACAACAAGAGGACCAAAUCCCGUACUUAUUCUACGUUAACGACACCGAAAUCACCCACACUCUAGAAAAGGCGUUAAAAACCUUAACCCUCAAUACCGAAAAUGUGGUCGAUAUUAUUUACCAACAACAAGCUGUCUUUCGGGUGCGCCCGGUCACUAGAUGCACCAGUUCCAUGCCGGGCCAUGCAGAGGCAGUCAUUUCCGUUAGUUUUAGCCCCGAUGGUAAACACUUGGCCAGUGGUUCGGGUGACACGACGGUCCGAUUCUGGGAUGUGGACACCCAAACCCCCUACCACACAUGUAAAGGUCACAAAAAUUGGGUCCUGUGUAUCUCGUGGUCGCCUGAUAACCAGAAACUAGCAUCAGCUUGCAAAGAUGGAAGAGUCAUGAUUUGGGACCCCGAGAGUGGUAAACAACGGGGAAAAACCAUGGUGGGUCAUAAACAAUGGAUAACGUCUUUGAGUUGGGAACCAUACCAUCAGAAUACUGAAUGUCGCCUCUUAGCAAGUUCAUCGAAAGACGGAGACGUCAGAAUUUGGGAUACAGUUGUAUGCAACUGCAUUUUAACCAUUUCGGGUCACUUGAAAAGUGUGACUGUGGUGAAGUGGGGGGGUUCAGGCCUCAUAUACAGUGCGUCUCAAGACAGAACUGUGAAAGUAUGGAGGGCUAAAGAUGGAGUGUUGUGUAGGACUUUAGAAGGGCACGCCCAUUGGGUCAACACUCUCGCAUUAAACACAGACUACGUGCUUAAAAUAGGUGCUUUUGACCCAGUCGCCGACUCCAACACCUCCACCGACAAGAAAAAACCGCAAGACUUCGCCCUGAAACGCUACCGGGACGUCAUCGCCGCCACUGGAGAGCGUCUGGUUUCAGGGUCUGACGACUUCACGUUGUACCUGUGGGACCCCGAGAAAGACAAGAAACCCAUAACGCGGCUCACGGGCCACCAGCAGCUCGUCAACGACGUCAAGUUUUCGCCAGAUGGGCGAAUUUUGGCGUCGGCGUCUUUCGAUAAGAGUGUUAAGUUGUGGGAAGCGAAGAGCGGGAAGUUUAUUUGUACGCUGAGGGGGCACGUGCAGGCUGUUUACAUGGUUGCGUUUUCGGCGGAUUCCAGGUUGAUGGUGAGCGGGAGUGCCGAUUCGACGCUCAAAGUGUGGAAUUUGAAGACAAAGAAGCUGGAAUUUGAUUUGCCGGGGCAUGGGGAUGAGGUUUACGCUGUGGACUGGUCUACGGAUGGGUUGAGGGUGGCGUCGGGGGGUAAAGAUAAGGUGUUGAAGUUGUGGCAGAAUUAAAGUUAAAUAAAAUUUGAAAAGAUA